AUGUCCCUUGCCAGCAACGACGAAACGCUUCCCACCUCCCCAGUCGGCGGCCUGCAGCCUGGACUGGUGCCGGAGGUGAUACCGAACGUGAACGUGUACCAGCAGAAGAAAACUCUCGCGCAGGGCAUGAUGGACCUGGCGCUGCUGUCCGCGAAUGCCAACCAGAUGCGCUACGUGCUGGAAACGUACGAGCGCCAUCCGUACUACAUCUUCAGCUUGCUUUUCAUCUCCGUCAGCCUAUUGGUGCAGGUCGUCGUCGGUAUCGGACUCAUCAUGAACAGUCGCUACGACGUGAACGAUCGUAAGGAGAUCUGCAAGGCGAACAAGAUCAACGACCUGAUCACGAUCGGCAUCUUUAUGAUUACGCUUGUGAACGUACUGAUCUCUGCAUUCGGUGUUGCCCCACGGGCGCCGUAAUAAAA